AUGGAGUCCCUCGGGGCCUCUCCCCUGUCUGGCCCCCCGACCCGGGUGGAGGGAGACCCGGGCUUCUGCACGUCUGCAGGGGAGAGAUCUCCAGUGUCCUUUGAGGAAGUAGCAGUCUUCUUCACUGCGGAGCAAUGGGUUCUGCUGGAUCCAGGCCAAAGGAAACUCUACUGGGAAGUGAUGAAGGAAAGUUAUGAGACGGUGGCCUCUUUGGUUGCAGAUGUGAGGGAGAUGCUGAGUGAAAAGGAAUUAGGAAGGAGAGUUUUGGAAAAAGAUAAAGAUCAGCAGGUGAAAGUGAAAUCUGGGGAUCAAACAGUACCCAAGAAGGACUGCAGAAGGAAAUGGAAAGUAAAAGAGAAGAAGAGGGAAUUGGUUGGCUGCCAGAGCACAAAUAAGCCAGAGGUCUCUGCCCAAAAUGAAACACGGAAAAGAAAGAGAAGGCAUAAGGGUUCGAUGGAGAAGAAUGGGUUGACCUGCAAUUUCGGUGUUAAAACAUGUCUUCCCAUUACAACAUACUGGAAGACAUAUAAAUGUUUGGAAUGUGGAAGGAGCUUCAGCUCCAGUAGUGCGCUAAAAACUCAUGAAAGGAUACACUCAGGGGAGAAGCCAUAUAAAUGCUUGGAGUGUGGAAAGUGCUUCUCUCAGAAUGGCACCCUAACCAUACAUCAAAAUAUUCACACAGGGGAGAAGCCAUAUAAAUGCUUGGAGUGUGGAAAGUGCUUCUCUCGCAAUGGCAGUCUAACUACUCAUCGAAAGACUCACACAGGGAAGAAGCCAUAUAAAUGCUUGGAGUGUGGUGAGUGCUUCUCUGAUAAUGGCGCCCUAACUAGACAUCGAAAGAUUCACACAGGAGAGAAGCCGUAUAAAUGCUUGGAGUGUGGAAAAUUCUUCUCUCGGAAUGACAGUCUAACUACUCAUCAAAAGACUCACACUGGGGAGAAGCCAUAUAAAUGCUUGGAGUGUGGAAAGUGCUUCUAUGAUAAUGGCGCCCUAACUAGACAUCGAAAGAUUCAUACAGGAGAGAAGCCGUUUAAAUGCUUGGAGUGUGGAAAGUGCUUCUAUGAUAAUGGCGUCCUAACUAGACAUCAAAAGAUUCACACAGGAGAGAAGCCGUAUAAAUGCUUGGAGUGUGGAAAAUGCUUCUCUCGUAAUGGAAAUCUGACUACUCAUCAAAAGACUCACACUGGGGAGAAGCCAUAUAAAUGCUUGGAGUGUGGAAAGUGCUUCUCUGAAUAUGGCGUCCUAACUAGACAUCAAAAGAUUCACACAGGGGAGAAGCCAUAUAAAUGCUUGGAGUGUGGAAAGUGCUUCUCUCACAAUGGCAAUCUAACUACUCAUCGAAAUAUUCACACUGGGGAGAAGCCAUAUAAAUGCUUGGAGUGUGGUAAGUGCUUCUCUCACAAUGGCUACCUAAAUAAACAUCAGAAGAUUCAUACAGGGGAGAAGCCAUAUAAGUGCUUGGAGUGUGGAAAGUGCUUCUCUGAUAAUGGCGUCCUAACUAAACAUAAACAGAUUCAUACAGGAGAGAAGCCAUAUAAAUGCUUGGAGUGUGGAAAAUGCUUCUCUCAAAAUGGCAAUCUAACUACUCAUCAAAAGACUCACACUGGGGAGAAGCCAUAUAAAUGCUUGGCAUGUGGAAAAUGCUUCUCUCGGAAUGGCUAUCUAACUACUCAUCAAAAGAUUCAUACAAGGGAGAAGCCGUAUAAAUGCUUGGAGUGUGGAAAGUGCUUCUCUUGGAAACGCUGUCUAACUAUUCAUCAAAACAUUCACACAGGGGAGAAGCCAUAUAAAUGUUUGGAGUGUGGAAAGUGCUUCUCUGAUAAUAGCGCCCUAACUAGACAUCGAAAGACUCACACAGGGGAGAAGCCACAUAAAUGCUUAGAAUGUGGAAAGUGCUUCUCUCACAAUUGCCACCUUACUCAAAAGAAAGAAAGAAAGAGAGGGUGUGUGCCGCCCCCCUCGAAGGCCUCCGCCAGCAGCAGCAUCACCGAGCCCAGCCCGGGGUCGGCAGUGGCGGUGAGGAGGCCAGCAGCAAUGAGGGGGGGGCCGUCAGAGGAGGCAGCUGCUCCCCCCAGGCCCAGAAGCCGAGCGAGGAAACCGCCUCUUUCCAACGGCCUCUGUUCUUCCUUCCGGGUCUGGUGGUUGCAGGGAACUACGUUUCCCAGAAGGCGCUGCGAGCACCAUUGA